GCCAGCCUUCUGUCUACUCUGGCUUCUAUCCCUCUCCUAGCAGGAAUGGAUGGGUACAGGUAUGAAGGAGUUGCUCAACAAGGACUCUAUGACUACAGACUCAUAGUAGGAGAUGUAAAAGAACCCCCGCUUUCCCCAACUCGUACUUCACAGCGUCGCUCCAUUAUAAAUGGAUGCUCCCCAGUACACAGUGGGCAUCUUCAUGGGCACGAGACGGCGGCACAGCGGUAUAGUGCUACCAGGCUGCAGGCGGGGUAUGAACCAGAAAGCAUGGCGGACUACCUGAUCAGUGGAGGCACAGGAUACGUACCAGAAGAUGGACUCACUGCCCAGCAGCUCUUUGCUAUUUCCGACGGUCUCACUUACAAUGAUUUCUUGAUUCUUCCUGGAUUUAUUGACUUCACAGCUGAUGAAGUAGAUUUGACUUCUGCACUGACUCGCAAAAUUACAUUGAAGACUCCCUUAAUUUCCUCUCCGAUGGAUACUGUUACAGAGUCUGAUAUGGCAAUUGCAAUGGCGUUGAUGGGAGGUAUUGGAAUUAUCCAUCAUAAUUGUACACCUGAGUUCCAAUCCAAUGAAGUCCGCAAAGUUAAGAAGUUUGAACAAGGAUUUAUCACUGACCCAGUGGUUAUGAGCCCAAACCACACGGUUGGAGAUGUAUUUGAAGCAAAAACUCGUCAUGGAUUUUCGGGGAUCCCAAUCACUGAAACAGGAAAGAUGGGGAGCAAGCUGGUGGGGAUUGUCACCUCACGGGACAUUGACUUUUUGACAGAAAAGGAUUAUUGUACCUAUUUGAGUGAGGUGAUGACUAAACGGGAUGAUCUUGUCAUUGCUCCUGCUGGUGUCACACUUAAAGAAGCAAAUGAAAUUCUACAGCGUAGUAAAAAAGGCAAACUCCCCAUUGUCAAUGAUAGUGAUGAGCUAGUUGCCAUCAUUGCAAGAACUGACUUGAAAAAGAACCGGGACUACCCUCUCGCCUCCAAAGACUGUAGGAAGCAGUUACUCUGUGGUGCAGCUAUUGGUACCAGAGAAGAUGACAAAUACAGACUGGAUCUGCUCAUGCAGGCUGGUGUGGAUGUUGUGGUACUGGACUCCUCUCAGGGAAAUUCGGUUUAUCAGAUCAACAUGAUUCAUUACAUUAAGCAGAAAUACCCUGAGUUGCAAGUUGUUGGUGGAAAUGUGGUUACAGCAGCACAAGCUAAAAAUCUAAUUGAUGCUGGUGUGGAUGCACUUCGUGUGGGCAUGGGAUGUGGGUCUAUAUGCAUCACACAGGAAGUAAUGGCAUGUGGCAGGCCCCAAGGAACAGCAGUAUAUAAAGUUGCAGAGUAUGCCCGCAGGUUUGGUGUACCUGUCAUGGCAGAUGGUGGAAUUCAGACUGUGGGCCACGUUGUGAAAGCACUGGCUCUUGGUGCCUCGACAGUAAUGAUGGGCUCAUUGCUGGCUGCUACCACAGAGGCUCCUGGAGAAUAUUUCUUUUCUGAUGGUGUACGGCUCAAGAAAUACAGAGGAAUGGGCUCUUUGGAUGCCAUGGAGAAGAACACGAGUAGCCAGAAGAGAUACUUCAGUGAGGGUGACAAGGUGAAGGUAGCUCAAGGAGUGUCUGGUUCCAUUCAAGACAAAGGAUCCAUCCAUAAGUUUGCACCAUAUCUUAUUGCAGGCAUUCAGCAUGGCUGCCAGGACAUAGGAGCCAAAAGCCUUUCCAUACUACGUUCCAUGAUGUAUUCAGGUGAACUCAAGCUGGAGAAGAGGACUAUGUCUGCCCAAGUGGAAGGUGGAGUCCAUGGUCUUCAUUCCUAUACAUUUCUGCCAUUUACGAGAAGCGGCUAUACUGAGACCGGGAGGCGCACUCAUCGACAGUCCUCUCCCAACAUUCCCUCUUUGGUCCCAACCAAACACCUGUGAUGCAUUGAAGUUUCCCUCCUCUGUUCCCCCUCUCCCCCAGCUCUUUGCCUAUUCCCUUUCCAAGAUGAUGCAGGAAAUCCAACUUGGCAAUGUUUACUGACUCACCACGUGGCGAGUACUUGCACUAUGAACAUCUUUGCGUUGGGCGUUUUGAUUUAAACAUGACUACUGCCAUGCAAAUGUACAUUAUUUUGUCACUGUGAUGAAUUAGCAGUGCUUUAAAAGACAUUUGAUCUACAACUCCUUUAUUUUCAUUUAUCUUGUCCAUGACCACUGCCUGUUAUGCUCAUCCACCUUGCAGUCAAAGGGUCCCAGAAACCCAAUCUUGUUUAAAUCGGAAUAAAGGAAGAAAAUGUUGAGCUAUUAUAAUGCUGUUAGAAUAAAGCUACAUACUGACA